CACACAAACACACACACACACACACACACUAGAAGUAGUCAACUCUUUCUCUGCCACGGGUCAGCAAUUCAGACAGGCAACUUGUUCCUACCCAGCUGGAAACAGCAGAGCAUUGCAAGGUGCACGCACACAUGCUUAAACUGGCACAGAAACACACUUGUACAUUUACACUCACUCAUUCAAACACACGUAUGUGAAUCCUCAUAGAGCCCAGGACUUUAAUUAUGGACCAGUGAAGAAGACUUCAGUCAAAGGAGGAGACGACAAACAAGCAAGGAGCAGCAUCAAGGAGGAACUUCAAAAAACUGGAUUUGUUAAAUUUUGACACUUUGCUAAAGGAGGAGAGAAAAAGAAUUAAAAAAAAAACACAACUGAAGAUGACAACUGGAGGAACUCUGGCAAAACUGAUUCUGUAGGAAGGAAGGCCCGCUUUCAGCCCAAAGUGGAGACCGGCUGUGACAUCCAGAGGAUUUGCUGUAAGUGCCGCUUCCCUUCCUUCUCUCCCUCCACAGGGACUUCUCCUGAUCAUCAGCAUGCCUACAGCUUGCACAAGGUGCACCUUGGGAGUCUGACCCACCAUGUGCAGAUGGACGGCGUCCGCAGUUCAUUUCUGUCCUGAAGCUGCCCUCAGCACCACCGCUACAACUGCAGCCUCUGCUGGUCCACAUUUCCCCCUGCCUAGUGCAGCCUCACUCUGCCUGGCAUGCUUCACCGUGCUCUUGGUCACCGCUGGUACUGUCACGGGGGCCUGUCCUCCUCGAGUAGGGCAUGAACCCCUUCAGGUGCUCGCAAGCGGAAUCAACUGUUCAUGGACACUGGAAAGGCACACGCGCAGUUAUAAUCACUUAGAGGGUGACGUCCGACUUCGGCGACUUUACUCUGCCAACAAGUUCUUCCUCUGCAUUGACAAAACCGGCAAGGUGGACGGCACUCGACGUAAAAACUACGCUGACAGCUUGAUGGAAAUCCGAUCUGUCAGUGUGGGAGUUGUUGCCAUCAAAUCUGUCAGCACCGGGCUGUACUUAGCUAUGUCCAAGAAAGGCACGCUCUUUGGAUCGGUGAAGUACAACCCGAGCUGCAAGUUUAAAGAACGCAUUGAGGAGAACGGCUACAAUACAUAUGCUUCGCUUCGCUGGAAACACAGCGGCAGGCAAAUGUUUGUUUCGCUGAAUGGGCGCGGUAAACCGAGGCGGGGCCACAAGGCUAGACGUAGACACCCAUCUACUCAUUUCCUGCCUAUGCUCCCCUCGUAGCAGUCCAAGUCUGAACUCUGACCAACAACUGGAUGGCUCACCUCCAUAGGAGGACUAGUGUUGAUGUGGCUGUGACACAAUGUGUAUUUUUAUUAUUCCAUCCUCUUGUCACAUAAAUGUACAUUUGCUGAGGUCUGUAACAUUUGUAGAGGUAGUAUAAUAUCUACUCUUAAGUUAUUUUCUGCAUUUUCUAAUGAUGUUCAGUAAUACAGCACAAUACAGUAGAACUACGUUACGUUCAGACAUCUGUCUUGCCACCAAACCAGCUGUGUUUGUAGCGCACGUUUGAGGUGAGAGGACAGAAGGGGAGAUAGCGAGACAGGGGCUUCCAAAUGAUAAAAUUUGGAUUUGUGAAGAAAACACAUCACUAUUAAAAGAGACCCUUAUAAGUCAGUGGGCAGGAUCAAAUUCUACUUUUAAAAACAUCUGCACAGUAGCUCUGUUCCAACAGCUUGGCUUCAUUUUGCUGUAUAUUUAGCCUCACAAAAAAGCACAUGUGAAUUUAUCAUUACAUUGCAUCAUGUGCAGGUCUACCUGAAAAGACAUUUUUUUAUGUAUUCGCACUGCAUCCAGCACUGUUUUCAAUGCAGUGUGUGAAAUAACAUUUUUGUAAGGCUAAGUAUGACUACAUUUAUGCAACAAACCCUGACAAGGAUUAGUGGAAGAGAGCUGACGGAUGGAUAUGCAAUAUUUUUUUAAAUAGGGAUAAAUUAUCAUAAUGAAUGGGUUAAUAAACGCAAUGAGAAAACUCCAAAGAAUCAAAAAAAAAGGGGAACCUCUACUCAGCAAAGUCCAUGGUACAAAUUUUAUACAUGUUCACUGUUGCUUGGGAAAAAACUGACACCACUAGAAAAAAGAUAAUGACGUGCAGUUGAAUUGUACUGACUCAAACACAACGAUAGUUGUACUGUUCUGUGUGUAUAUGUUGAUAUAUGUCAAGAACACGACAGGAACUAAGCUAACUACUGGGAUAACAUGCUGGAUUUCUUGACAUGCCCUUUCAACGUCUGUGCAUGCUUCUGUCACUCCGCUUCUCUCAUUCAACCUACAGUUAGUAGAUUAGAAAUCAGAUAACAGAGAACUUUAAUUUUUAAUUUUGGUCUUUAAUUCUGUCGUGAAAUCGCUGACAUCUGCUUUGACUCAUUUAACGCUUUCUAGCAGCAGUAGGCAAACACCGCGUUGCAUAGCAGCAGCCCCAUUAAUUUUGUACGCCAUAGUAAAUGGUUUUUACAAUCUGCUUCUUUCAAGUCUUUCUAACGUUUUCUCGACAACAAGGCUAAUAGAACAUUUAAUAUAUUUAAAACUUUUAUACUCUUUAACUGUUUGAAGUUGAUGUUUAUUGUUAUUGUUGACUUUUUUGUUGGAUUGUAGUCCUACUGUUUAAAAUAAGGGGAAAAAAAUAAUAUUCAGUCCAUAUUCAGCUCAAUUUGUAUUACUACUGGAUGUUGGUACGUUUGUGAUCCAUUUAUCAUAAGCAGUUUUCCACAAUAGAAAUUAAAAGCCGUGUGUGUAUAUAUAUAACAACAGAUUCUCAGAACAAACAGUCCCUGGAUCCAUUUCAGUUGAGUAAAGUAAUUUGAGUGCCUUGGUUCAUGGUAAUCUUCAAUAAAGAAAAA